UUGAUGCUCCUUGUCCCUGUCACAACUUGGUACAGCUAGCAAUUCGAUUGCUCCAUGAGGAACUUGCCUCUAUCACCACUUUACAUCACAUUGAGCUACCAUAACCAAACAACAGAUUACCAACGACUACACUCGCCGUCGCCACCGCGCUAGUCGUCCAACAACAAAGUACAUAUCCUUAUCAAAACACCUUGAUCACCAUGCCGAAGAGAGCUGCACCAACCACCGACACAGGCGCGAGAAAGAUCUCCGCGUCUGAUGUCUCGGGCAUCAAGAAGGCAGAGCGUUCCCACGAAGAGAACCAGGAGCGCGCCUACGUCGCCGCGUCGAGGCGCCAGGACCGCAGCAUCGAGGCUCGCGUCCAGUCCGCCCGCAUGGCGUCCGAGAUCCACAAGAAGCGGACAGGCAAGGGCCUCCGCAUCACCGAGGAGAUUGUCCGCCGCGAGGAGAUGUACGAGGAAGAGGAGGACGACCUGCCGCGCUCGCUGCGCCUGCUCAACCCCCAGAUGCAGACCAGCUCGCCCGAGUUCAACGCACGGAUCGAGGCGUGGAUGACCAACAAGAUGGCCAUGUCCCAGUUCAUGCAGCGCUCCAACGACGCCUGGGCGCAGAACCCCGUUAACCGGUUGUUUGCCCAGAGCUUCCCGGAUGCGGGCGUGCACGCUCAGCAGAUUACACGCCAGAUGAGCCUCGGGGCACCCCAGCAGCAGACACAGCAGCCGCAGCAGCAGGCACCAAUGCAGUCGCCGGGGCCUCAGUCCCCGCACUCCCAGAUCCCCCAGUCACCCAUGUCGCCUACCUUCCAACAGCCAUUCCAGUCCAUGCCGACGCACAACCACGAGCGUCACGACUCGGUCGCCUCGGCAGUCUCGCCGACUAACGUGGGCACCAAGGUCUCGCCCACACUCACGCACGACGCUUCCACGCCAGCGACGCCAGCGCCUCAGCCGCAGUUCGUUGAGGAUGAGCCGCAGUCCAUCUUCACGGCCGACCUGCCACCGGAGAUGAGGCUGCUGAUGGGUAUGCCCAACAUGGAGCCCAACCCGUACAGCCAGAACAUCUACGGCCACAACUGGCAGAGCAUGGACAGCGGCUUCUACGAUGGCAUGGCCGCUGCGCCCCAGAAGCUCGGCGAGUACGACCAGCCGCCUGCGGACAGCAUGUUUGGCGAGGCCAUGGGCGACGACGCCAACUGGCAGUACCGCACCGAGGAGCCCGCUUGGGACAGCUUCCUCAACGACAAUGUGUGGUCGAGCCAGGAGUGAGGAGUGGCUCUUCAGUCAUUCGCUCACUUUUUUUUCAUUUUUUGACGAUUACGAAUUUCCUAGCACCGUUCACAGAUUAUUUUGACACUGCGAGACUACGGUCCGC